CGAGUGUUACAUCUCUAGGUCUCCAACCGCCUUAAAAAGAAGCGACGCGCAGAAUUUCGAAUGCCAACGGACGCAGCAGCAAGAAGUAAAUAAAAAACAGUCGCAAACGCCCGGUUACAUUGCAGUCGUGGAGUGCUAGUACAGUAUUCGUUCUCAGUAUUGAAGUGCGCGCAACUAUAUCUUGCAAUCACAGUAGCCAAUAAAUCGUCGCAAUGGACCCGUUUACUCAGCACAUGCUAGAGAAGGCGGAACAGCGCAGUCGCGCCCUCGGCAUCAGCAAUGCCAGCAAAUUCCCACUGUCGGAGUGCAGCGUUCCCUCCGCCACCUCGGAUGCGUCGGAUGCAGUGGUGCCCCAGAGGAGCCGCUCUCCGGGUAGCGGGAGCACCAGCAGCAAGGUCGUGAUUCUGGACAAGGCAGCGCUGGAGGCAUCGCCGACCAAGCCAUUGCGCCACUAUACAGCGGUCAAUAAGGAAAACAUGGAAAUGGGCAUCGAAAUAAACAUAACCACAGACAAGCCAAUUGGGGUGCAAGUUGAAAUUCAGGAGGAAGAGGUGACCGAUGACGACGAAGCGACGGCUGUAACGGCUACGGAGCCUGCCCCUCCUGUGAAUCAGCCUCUGGCGCGUCUCAGGGAUACCUCCCGGAGUAGAUUGCAGCGCAUGGGCGCUUUGUACUCCAACACCGAUGAUUUGUCUUCGCCCAUUCAUAGGACGGAAGGACAGUUCCACGCAGACGAUGACAAUGAUGGGGCCGAUACAAGACCUAGUAGGCAGCCCAAGCAGCGAUUCGGUAAGCUGGCCGCUCUGGCUGACACCAUCAACCAGUGGGAGGAUGACACGGCGCACCACGAAGUGCACAGACCCAUCGAGCCGCCGCCACCCAAGCCAGACCUGCCCAGUCGACGGAUAGAGAAGGGGCCAGCUCCACAGCCGCCUCAGAAAAAGGACGAAGUCGACGAGACCGUCAAGACCAAGCAAUUAAAGUGGGAUCCUAAGGUACUGAGCUCUCUGGAGGCCCAAGGUUUUCAGCGUCGUGAGUCUUCGACCAUUAAACACACCUAUGAUUAUGCCAAACAGGGAGAGGUGGCGCCGGUUGCCAAGCCGCCAGUGCCGGAGAAGUCGACGUCCGUCAGCCAGGUGGCCAAGGCCUUUGCAGCUUCCGCUACCGCGGUUAAGCCGGCUCCAGCUGCUCCUGCGUCCACUGUUGGUGUAAAAUCGGGCCUGGUUUCAGGGCGGGCAGCCAUUUUCGAGAAAGGAGGCCCCGGUGGACAGAUGCAGGGUAGCCAGCGCAACCAGAAGGAUCCCUGUGAAUUGUCGUUGAAGGAGCGCAUGAAGCUGUUUGAAACCGGCAACAACAAGGCUAUUGUGCCCAUUGCUCCGAUAGGAUCUGCUCCUAGUAUAAGUCAGAUCAGGCAGGAGGAGGCGAAAUCCCAUGCUACUGCAGUACAUCCAGUCACCGCCGCCGCUUCUACCACCUUAGCUGUUGCGGCCAAACCCAAGCCGGAGAACAAGCUAAAAGACAAGGUAGCUGCUCUGGUGGCUAGUGCGCAAUCGAGUGCUGAGAACCGAAUCAAGGACAUCGAUCGGCAGAGACAAGAGGACAUGCAAAUCAUUGCCAAUCGCUUCAACAAACAAAAGGAACUUUUUGAAACUCAGCAGACUGCUCCGGUGCCAGCUCCCGCUGUUCCUGCACCAGUGGUCAGCAAAGUAGUGCGGCCCAUGCCGCCUCCUCCACCACCUCCUAUUGCUGGAUUCUCACCCGCCAGCAGUAAGAGACGAUCACCUGGCGAUGCUCCCAUAUCUGAAGAGGAGUCGAAGCGGGCGCGUAAAUCGCAGCCCGAUCGCUUGUAUCCCGCCCUGUCCGACCUCGAUUCCAGCGGCGACAACUGUUGUGCCACCGUCACUGCCUCCGCCACGGACGACAGCGACCAGCUGGAGGACGAGGAAACAGAAAGUUGCAUGGAUGAGUCGGAGUCGCAGACUGAGGACAGCAGCGCCGGUAUGUGCAACGGUAGUCUGGGUCGAGAAAUAAUGAAUGCUGUGCAGCGCAACGAGGCCGAGAUACAGCACCAGAAUCACGGCAAAAAGACUGUGCGGUAUGCGGACCAGGAUAUGUACUACAAUCACGAGGCCCAGGAGGAUAGCUCGAUAAACUCGUCCCAGGUCUCAGCCGGCAUCGAUGACUACCUAGAUGAGGCUCUUGUCGAAGAUUACGGCAGCACUCAGGACGAUGAAAGUGACAGCGGGGAUGAGCAGAACGCCAGUCGAUUGUCUUUGGGUAGCAAAGGAACCACAGCUUCGAACAGCUUCUCGUUCCGGAAGAACCCUGCUGCCAGCACUUGCUCGCCUAUUGAUGAGCACCACGAGCUCUUGGACAUCCAAACUCCAUUGCCUAUUAGUGCAGCCCAACCAGUCAAGUCAGAGCUGAGCGUAAACCAGGACAAUGACAACCUAGUCACGCUGGUGCACACUGUUAGCUUCUAUCGCCGUCAACAAAGUGCUAAUAGCUCCAACUCCACGCCUGUGCGGAAGAUCUGUCGGGAGCAGCAGGUAAUUCGUUCGGCUCUUGCUGGCGAUUGCCAUGCAAAGCACCGAUUGGAGUACGACUCUCCACAACAGGGCGAAGCUGCGACAACCUCAGCCCUAGACGAACCCACAGAGGACGAAGAUGAGGAACUACAGAACGCGCGUGAAUCCAACGAGGCCUCCAUGGCCCAGGAUAAAAUCAAAAAGCUGCUGGCUGAGGUGUGCAAGCAGCAGCAGGUCAUAGGCCAGGCCAGCCAGGCACUGAACCUCUGUGCAGCCACCGUGGAGUUCUCCGGCUCCACCGAGUCCGUUGAGGGAGAGCGUUAUCUGCUACUGGCAACCCAUCGCCGGCAGGCUUGUCUGGAUGAGGUCCAGCGACUGAGAGUGGAGAACAGCAUUCGUCCCGUGGGCGCCCCAAAAGAAAAGGGUCUGCUAACGGUCAAGGACAUCACUAUUCCCCUGCGACAGGAGUACGUGCGCAAAAUGGCAUCGGGCAACAUUAAUGGCCACCACCUUGUGUGCUUGCUUAAGUACAAUGAGCACGUGCUGGCCACCAAAACUGUUCCCACGAUGCCCGGCCUGCUGUCCGUCAAGUUCCCCGAUGUCCUGCAGUUGAAUAAUGUCUACGCCGACUUUCGGAUUACCCUGGAAAUUUACGGAAUGCUGGCUCAGCGCGAUCAGUUGCCCCACGAGCUGAAGUACCACAUUAACCUGAACAAGAAGGGCGGUGUAAAGACCCCGAAGAAGAAGGGUGGCGAGAACCGACUGGUCAUGCCACCGGUUCAGAGCCCUGCAGGUCCACAUGUGGUGCGAACACCUCAGCUGGUGCAAUACGGCUUUGCCAUUUUCUCGCUGCGGGAGAUUCAGCGCACUAGCUGGACGCUGACUCAGGUGCUUGGCGUCAGCCCUCUCGAAGGAGUUGUCCACAUGAAGGUUAACUGCGAACUGUCGGUGAGCGUGGAGUACAAGGGCUUCCUCACCAUGUUCGAGGAUAUCUCCGGCUUUGGGGCCUGGCAUAGACGAUGGUGCUAUCUGAACGGCUCGGUGCUCAACUACUGGAAGUAUCCGGACGAUGAGAAGCGCAAGACGCCAAUGGGCAGCAUCGACCUGAACGCGUGCAGCUCCCAGAAGGUGACCACUGCACCGCGCGACAUCUGCGCCCGUCUCAACACAAUGCUGCUGGAAUGCGAGCGACCGGCAAAGGACACGGACCAGGAGUCGCUGAUAAUCGUGCCCAACGGACGCACUACCACGGUGCGGCACCUGCUCUCCGCCGAUACUAAGGAGGAGCGAGAGGAGUGGUGCGCCUACUUCAACAAGGCCCUGACACUGCUGCGGGCCUGGGGAACCACCCACUGACCCGCUGACCCAACCACUAGCGAUUGCAAUGGCUGUCAGAGCGGCCUGGACACGGACUUGGGAAGAGGAGGCACUGACACUGACACCAAACGGGCGGGUUGUUUAAAGUUUUCUCUUUUUAAGUUAAUAAUUUUAUUAGUUUUACGCGUUCGUUUUGUGUUUCCCAUUCAAAUUAUUCGUAUCCUUGUAUUCGACUGGGACACGCUCGUGUUCGCUCUAUAUUGAAAAGUAUUGUUUUAAUACCUAUAUGUACAUUGCAUUUAGAAUGUCUCUCAAAAUAUAUAAUAAUGUGU